GGAAAAACGCCGAGGAGGAACGAGAGCUUGAAGAGAAGACGUUAGGGUUCGCGAGUUUCCCAAUUAGGGCAAAACAAAUAAGCCGGUAGAGCGAUGGUAGGACACGGCAAUGGUCCCAUAGAAGUGGCGAAGACUGUCUUGGAGGUUGCCGAGGUGGCUUGGUCCGCUAUCGAAACUCAUCACCAUAUCCAUCAGCAUCACCACGAUCACGAUUAUAAUCAUGAUCAUGAUUCUCCGCCGUCGAAUCAUGAUUUAGAGUCUAUCCGAACGGAGAAUCGACGUCUCAGAAGCUUGCUUCAGAAGAAUCUGGAGCUCCUUCGAGAUCUCUCACUUUCGCCUUGCUUAUCUAAAGAUUGCCCCCCCGAUCUGCAUGCUCGUCUUGCAGCUACUGUGGACUCUAAACACUUCCUAAGUCGACUUAAAUCCCUCCAUGGUGCAUCAGUUGAUGGGGCCACCAAUGGUUUUCCUUUCAAGGAGGCCACAGGGGAGGAUUUGCAUUCUGCUGAAAUUCUUAUUAAUGUUGAUCCUGAAGAACCCAGUUGGUGGGUGUGGGUCACAGAUGAAGCAGUUCCUAAUAAAGUUGAAGAAUGGAGUGAAAUUGAUGAUGAAAAUUAUGUAGUUAUUAGUGAGGAACAUGUCGUGGAUGGGGUAGCCAACUUUAUUGCGAGAUGCAUUUUGUCAAACCCAAAAACCCUGAAUUUGACACCAGAGGAGCUGCAGAAGGCUGUGUCAGUAUCAGUAUCUAGCAUGAACAAGUACGAAAAGAUGGCAAGUGUUUGGCAUGCUGGGAUGAUGUUUUAUACCUUAGCGACUUGGGGAAUUGCCCUAGCAGGGUUGUAUAGGAGUCGUGCUGUAAUGAAACUGGCUGCAAAGGGGGUUCACACGACCAGCAAAUUCAUUAUGAAGGCACUCUGAAAAUCAUUGUUCCCUCAGUGAACUGAACCAAGGAAAAAUAUUCUUUUAUCUCUGUUUUCUCUCCUGUUGUACAGACAAGACUGAACUUAUAAUCCUCUUAUUUCAAUUAAUUGUACAUUAUUGUAAAUAUUGCAAUGGUUGUUGUACUUGGUUAUUUUGUGGUAAUUCAGACUAUUGGUGAAUCAAUGGUAUUGAUUGAUAGUUGAUCUUGAUCAUGU